UCCGUAUUAGACACUGACUACGAGCGUUGAAGGGCAGAGAUGGGAUUAGUAGAGUCCUACGCGAGCCUCAUCGUGCGGAGACACUGCUGCGUCUUCUGGAGCACGCUCGUCGGCUCGCUCCUCUUUGGCGUCGCGGGCGGGGCGCUGCUGAUGCUGGACGGGUUUGGGCAGGGCAAGCUCUUUGCUGAGGAGAGCACGUACGACUGGCUCGUCGACGGCAAGCCGACGGUCCAUCAGUACGACAUGGUCCGACUCGCUCGAGCGGCUCGCCCGUCCGAAGCGAGCGGCUCGGCCGGCGGGCGGACGCCACUCAGUCAGAGGGCUACUGGCAACCUCACAACAACCUUCAUGUACCGGUGGCGGGACGGGCGCGACGCGGACCUGUUUUCGCCGGCCGCGCUGCAGCAGAUGUGCGAGGUGGAGAACGAAAUCCUCCGUGGCGAGCACUACGGCGAGGUUUGCUUUAACGACCCGAACGCGGCCUUCUACACCACGGCCAGCGGGACCCGCUGCGCCCUCCCUCGCCUCUCCGCGCCCUCUCUCUUCUACGUGCCGUGGCAGUCGGGAGGCGGCUGCGCGAGCCUGUCUCCCUCCGAACGACUGACGGCUGAGGUGGAGGAGGGGGUGGCGUGCUCGGGCGGGUACACCGGCAUGCCUACGGCGCCCUUCUGGACGGACGGGUCGCACACGCGAAAAUGCACCCUCCUUGACGAGGCCUACGUGGCCGAGCGCGCCGCGUGGCUGUACGCCGCGGCGGCCGAGCACGAAGGCGAGCGAGCCUCUAGCGGCCCGCUGCGGGGGGGGGGGGGGGGGCAAUUUGGCGACCUGAUGAAGACCGACUUCUUCAUGGUCAUCUUCUCGAUCCUAUUCGUGCUCGUCUACAUGUGCUACCACACGGGAUGCCUCACCCUCGGCUGUCUCGGCCUCCUCAUGAUCCUCCUCUCCUUCCCGCUCGCCCUCUUCCUGUACGUCGUCGUCUUCCGCGUGCGCUACUUCGCGAUGAUCCACGUCCUCGCCAUCUUCAUCGCCCUCGGCGUCGGCGCGGACGACAUCUUCGUCUACGUCAACGCGUGGCGCCACUCGCGCCGCGUCGCGACCUCGUUCGAGGCGCGCAUCGCCUACGCCCACCGCAAGACGUACCGCGCCGUCCUCGCAACCUCCUUCACCACCGCCGUCGCCUUCUUCGCCACGUGGGUCUCGCCCGUCAUGCCCGUCGGCGCCUUUGGCUGCUUCGCCGCCCUCGCCAUCGUGAUGACCUUCGCCCUCGUCAUCUCCUUCUUCCCGGCCGCCCUCAUGAUCUGGGAGCUCCGCUUCCGCCGCGCAAAGUGCGUUGGCUGCUGCUGCCCGUGCAUCGGCUGCUGCGCGCUGCCCUCCGUCGGCCCCGAGGGCGGCGGCGGCGAGGCUGGCGGCGGCGAGGCUGGCGGAGGCGAGGCUGGCGGCGGCGAGGCUGGCGGCGGCGAGGCUGGCGGCGGCGAGGCUGGCGGCGGAGAGGGCGGCAUCGGAGAGGGCGGCGGCGGAGAGGGCGGCGGCGGAGAGGGCGGCGGCGGAGAGGGCGGCGGCGGAGAGGGCGGUCCGAUCGGCCGUCCCGAACGCCUCUUCCGCGACGUGUACCUCCCCGCCAUCACCGCCUCGUGCCCCUCGACGUCGCGCCGGCUCAAGCCCGUCUCGCUCGGUCUCGUGGUCUGCUUGGCUGGCGUGGGCGGCUACCUCCUCUCACAGGCGCUGGAGCUCAGCCCGCCCUCCAAGGCGGAGGAGUGGUUCCCCGCGAACCACAUGGCGAACGGCUUCGUCGAGGCGGCGCAGAACGACUACCUCGCCGAGGACGACGACGCGUUCGCCGACGGCUACGUCUUCAUCGGCCUCAAGAAGCUGUACGUGGACAGAGGCGUCUACACGAAGUGGAUCCCGCAGGAUAACCGCGGGACGCUCGUCUACGAUGACGCCUUCGACCUGUCGGACGCCGCCGCGCAGGAGGCGUACUUGCGGCUCUGCGACGAGGUGCGCGCGGCGCCGUGCGACUCGGAGGGCUGCCGCAAGGUGCCCGGCCGGCUGGUGGAUCCGCCGACGGUGCGCUGCUUGCUAGUGGAGUUUGCUGCGGAGCGCGGCAACGUCACGGGCGCGGCCUUCGAGCCCGAGCUGGCGGCGUGGGUGGCGGAGGACCCGUUCGAGCGGGAGGAGCUCGCCGGCUUCGUCGACGGCGAGCUGAAGUACGUGACGGUCGCCUUCAAGACGACGAUGCGCGACGAGGAGACGAGCGAGCUGGUGCAGGAGGUGUACGACGAGUGGCAGGACCUGCUGCGCCCCUUUGUGGCGACGGCGCCCGCCAGCCUGGCGUCGUGCGAGGGCGAGAGGUGCACGCUCUUCGUCAGCACCUGCGGCGGCCGCGACGACUGCGGCCUCGCCUUUGCGUGGAUGGUGACGCAGCGCGAGCUGGUGCGAGGCCUCUUUAACGGGCUCGCCAUCUGCGCGCCGGUCGCGUUCGCCGUGCUGCUGCUCGUGACGGGCUCGCUCACGGUGGCGCUGCUCGCGAUCCUCUCGAUCGGGCUCGUCGUCACCUCCCUCCUCGGCACGAUCAAGACCAUCGGCUGGGAGCUCGGCGUCGGCGAGGCCAUCGCGGGCACCAUCGUGAUAGGCCUCGCCGUCGACUACACCGUCCACCUCGGCCACACCUACACAGCGGCGGCGGCCGAGACGCGAGAGGGAAAGACGGCGGCCGCCGCCACCGUGAUGGGGCCGACCGUGGUGGCGGGCGCCUUCACCACCUUCGGCGUCGCCUUCUUUAUGUUCUUCUGCCAGCUCACCUUCUUCACCAAGAUGGCGACGCUGAUCGGCGGCACGGUGGGCUACUCGCUGCUCUACUCGCUCUUCUUCUACGUGCCGCUCCUCGCGCUCGUCGGCCCGUCGGGAAAGCUGAGGAGCACCGCCGAGCGCCUCCGCGCAAUGUACCGGACGUGCCGGGGGGGUGGCGGGGGCGGCGGGGGCAGCGGAGGCGGCGCGACUCGGCGCGGCAAGCCGCAGCGGCAGGCGGAGCCCGCUGAUCUGUAGUCUCCUCCUCUUCCUCGACCGCGAGCUCCGCGGAAAUGGCAUCCGCACCCACCGUGUCUCCUUGACUCCUUGACUCAUGACUGCUGGUGGGCCACGUCUGGCCAUUGGCGCCUUUGCCUGUAGGGCUGUCAGUUUGUAACUCUUUCUCCUCGCUGUCGUGCGCCGUGAUUUUCGGAUCUGCCUCGCGUGUGCAUUAUAUGUACGUGACCUUGAAGCU